AUCAAGCCGAGCAUAUCCCGCUUAUCUCUCACCCAUCAACCUGCCCCAGAAAAACGCCGGUCGACAAUGGCCGAGUCCCUGCCUACCUAACAACUGACACAAUACCCCACAGCGAUCCAAAACAACAACGAACAGCAACAGAUGAAAUAAAUGAGACCAUGAAGAAAGACAGACGUCUUCCAGCAGUUUCCCCUUAGCAACCAUGCACCCCAAAACCACCAUACGCCCCUACUGCCACGCCGACGCCGACGCCAUCACAGCCAUCUACGCCGACGCCGUCCUGCACACCACAGCCACCUACGAGGAAACACCCCCUACCAGCGCCGAGAUGCACCGACGUCUCUCCGCCCUCAUCGACGCCGGUUUUCCCUGUUUCGUAGCUGAGACAGAGAUAGAAACGGCAACAGAAACAGAGUCGGAGACCGAACAAUCACAUAAUACGGAAGUACUACCAGUAGUCGCAGGCUACACCUACGCCGGCCCCUUCCGCCCGCGGCCCGCCUACCGUUUCACUGUCGAGCACUCGGUGUAUGUGGCUCACCACCAAAGGGGGCGCGGCGUCGGCCGGCUGCUGUUGGAGGCGCUUGUCGCGCAGUGUGGGAGGAGUGGUGGUGGCGGUGGCUUCCGGCAGAUGGUGGGCGUCAUUGGGGAGCCGCAGGCGAAUCGGGCUUCGGUGGCGUUGCAUGAGCGCAUGGGGUUCAGAGAGGUUGGGAGGAUUGAAGGGUCUGGGUACAAGUUUGGGCGGUGGUUGGAUACGCUGUUGGUGCAGCGUGCUGUUGGGGAUGGGGUGGCACGGCCGCCUGAGACCUGAUGGGGAAGGACGCCAUGAUAUGCAGUGGUUGAAACAGUUACGGUUGGGGGUCCUAUGUUGGGAAGAUAGGCAUG